AGACAGAGGAUCGGCAACGUUGUUCUAAUAUCUUUCUCCACUGUCAUUAUAACGUGGACUCCACUAUAGGAUAUUCAAAUUAACUAUUUUCGAACUAUUUUAGACUGAUACAUAUUAUAUAGUUGCUUACUUUUAAUAUUGAGAAAUGAGGAAAACACUGUAUUAUCUCAUAAGGCAAAGUCUGGUUUUUCCGGUGAUUCUCCAUCAAUUUAUGUACAACAAUAUUAUUAUACAGCAACGUUGCAUAAUUAUUAUUAUUCUCAUCACAGUUUCUGUUCAGUAGCAAAGAGACAAUGCUAGGAAACUCUUGUAUUUUCAUCUUAUGGAUUCAUUGUUUAAUGCUAGUGAACUGCACAAUCGAAAAAGAUGGGUUGAUACUGGUUAACCGUAUGGCCGAUCAGGUACGAGCAGUUCUUCAACACUACAAAAAUAAUACAGGUCCUGUAGGAUUACCGGACGCAGUUUACAAAAUACUGGAUCCUAUGCCAAUUCCACCAAUCGAGCUGAUCUCAAACCUUUAUGUGAAACUGACAAUGCUCAACUGUUCAGUACAUGGAUUGUCCAAGUCUCAGAUCGAGAGCAUCCAUACGAACCUCACUGAGAAUCCACAAAUUUUAGCAGAAAUGAAGAUAGAGAGUCUGAAAGUGAUAGGAAACUAUUCACUUACUUCAUUAUUCUCUAGAUCAGUAUAUAGUUGUAUGGUGACAAUGUACAAUGUUAGUGUUUUAAGCCUCACUGAGUUGAGCUCAUCCCUUCAAGGGACCCUGGAAGCAUCCAAUAUGGACAUGGACAUAUCUGCAGAUAAAAUUCAUAUCGACUUCCAGAAUAUUGGAUAUCUCGCAUCAUUGUUUCAAAAUAUGAUAAACAAGAUGGACGUUUUCGUGUUUGAGACUAUGAAGCCUUUCAUUCUUGAGGAGGUGAAGGAUUUUGUUAGAAAGGAGAUUGACAGAGAGGCUAGAAAAAUCAACAUGGUGUCAUUUCCGAAUUCGAUUUCUCCACUGGAUUUGGCGAUUGCUGAGGGCAGAAGAAUUGCAGGGAGUCUUGGACUUGACCCAUACAUGUUUCCAGACUACUCACACCAUGCAGGCUUAUUUGGAAUGUUUGGCAUGUACUUGACAAACAUGUGGGUGACAGGCCUUGGGUCGUUCUACCGUGUGGGCAACAUGACAGUGUCCAUGCAGAACCACGUGGUGCAGAUGGGUGUCAGUGUGGGCACAGAUGAGCUCAUGGGCAACUGUCAUUGGCAGAUAUCGGCAGCUGGGCUCUACUCACAUGCAGGGGCCACUUCAUUCACUGUCGAAUAUGUACAGGUUGAAAUCAACCUCCAUCAAAGACUAGACAUGAUGGAGCCCCCUUUCCUGGAUAGCUUGGACAUGACUGUUGGAAACAUCCAGCUGAGAAGUGAAGGCACUGGGACUAUGGACUACGUCAUGGAGCUGCUCACCAAUCUCCUCCCAAACAUUCUGCGUUAUCAGAUGAUAGACGCUCUCAGGGAGCCACUGAGACGUCGGUUCCAGGAGAUUCUCAACGAUGUGGAUGUUGAUGAAAUUCUAAACAAAGAAAUAUCUAGAUUGGAGGAGUUGAUCAUGAAGAGCCAGGUUAAGACAGAGACGGAAACAAACCUGAUUCCAAAAAUGGGUGGGGGAGAUGAGGAUGAAGAAUAUUCAUGUAGUUUUGAUUUAUGUGAAUACUAAAUACAAAAAGAAUUGAAUUAAUGGUAAUGAUUCAUUCAGGGCUGGUUUCCGAGCUCGGGAUUUAGCUAAGUCCUAGACUUUAAACAGCUGGAGUCAGAAAAUUGGCUUUCCAAAACGGGGCGUAGUCACAGUCAUUGUCAAAGUCACGUUUGAAUGAUAUUUCAAAAUAUUAGAAAAUUAAACACAAAAUAAAAUAAAGAGAAAAUAGUGUAAAGUUUCAGCUAUUUUGAAUUAUUUAGAAAUGUUUACUUUCGUCAAGGAAAAACGUUUCCAAUUAUAGAAAUGAGAAAAUAAAAACUGCGACUACUGUUAUAAAAGCUGCGACCACGCCCCGUUUUGGAAAGAUAAUUUUCUGACUCCAGCUGUUUAAAGUCUAGAACUUAGCUAAAUCCCGAGCUCGGAAACCGGCCCUUAAAGUAUGAAGUCAACCUUCAAAAUUCAAAAUUUUCAAAUCAUUAUUCCUGGACCGAAAAUCAAGUGACGAUGCAGUGUGUGAUUUCAUAAACUCAACCUCUGGACAACAUGAACAUUCUUUAACAAUUUUUGGAGAGAAAUAGUACAGCUCAACCGUGUUUUUCCUCCAAUGUCAUAACUAUAUUAUGAUUAUAGUGUUUUGUACAAUGAAUGAUUAAAUAAAUUGAGAAGGCUGUGGAUAAUCAA